UCCGCCCCGGAAGUGGCAAACAGGGCGAGAGUGCAGAUCUCGCUUCAGUUGAACUGACUGCCUGAAAGUUGUGAAAUUGAGGAUAUGCAGUUGAAUGCGAAAAAAGCUUCAGUUUAGUUUGUAAUCGUACCCCAUUUUGUGCACCAAUUAGUUAGGGAAAGGGCGCAUUGAAUGAUAAGAUACGCUUCAUCGAUAACAGAUACGUAGAAAUGGCGGGUUUUGUUUUAAUUUCGCGUAGCCUCCAGCGGGCAGACAAGUUUUUACCCGAACGGAUUAGUUAGAAAGUUGAGUCGGUAUCCUCGGCCAGCUUAUCUACCAAAUGUACUUGUUGGUCAAGUAGGCCUAUAAACUUUUUUUAAGUAAUAAUUCAUUCCUUCUAUUAAUUUCUCUCUCGUACGCUGACCGGACCCAACAAUCAUGACGCCCGACCUCCUCAACUUCAAGAAGGGGUGGAUGUCGAAACUGGACGACCACGGAGAGUGGAAGAAGCACUGGUUUGUGCUGACAGACGCUGGUCUGAGGUACUACAGAGACUCUGGGGCUGAGGAGAAAGACGACCUGGACGGAGAGAUCGACCUCAAGUCCUGCGUCAAGGUGUCUGAGUUUGACGUGGAGAAGAACUACGGCUUUCAGAUCCAGACGCGCGAGGUGGUGGUCACGCUGUCGGCCAUGACGGCUGGGAUCAGGAGGAACUGGAUCGAGGUGUUGAGGAAGAGCAUCCGGCCCAGCACGUCCCCGGACCUCACACAGCUGCCAGACAGCAGCAGUGACAAGGAGAACUCCCACGCUCGCUCCCUGACCCCCUCCUCCCGCCGCCCCUCCACCCGCCACGGGGAGCUGAGGACCGAAGUCCCCCCCGCCGCCCGGAGGUUCGACUACGUGGAGCUCUCUCCAGUCCCCGCCCUCGCCAGUCCCCUACCGGCCACUCAGAGAGAGGCGGGGGAAGGCCAGGGCAGGGAGCACGCCCAAUGGCAGGAGGAGAGGAACCGGGACGCCACCAGCAGCCAAUGGGAGGCGGUGUUGUCGAGGAAGGGGCCCGGCCUCGGUUCAGACCCCAGGCUACGGAUGGAGACGGAGAUAGAGAGGAAGUGGGCGGAGUUUGAGCGCCUGCCCCUGAAGGAGAUGAGGUCGUUGCCACCAAUGGGCUCACGGCCCGUCGGGCUUCCAGCCAAUGAGGCGCUGCAGAGGGAGGUGGCGUCUCUGAGGCAGCAGCUGGAGCGUUUGCGGGGGGGAGGGGGGGGAGGAGGAGGAGGGGGAGGAGGCAGUCCGGAGGCGCCAUGGGGGCGGAGCCUGGAGGCCAUGGAGCGUGCCCACCGGCAGGCACUGGAGGAGCUGCAGAAACAACAUGGCCGCCAGACCAGGGAACUGGAGGCGGAGAGAGACCGGCUGCUGGAGGAAGAGACCCAGGCCACAGCACAAGUGAUGGAGGCACUAAAGAAGGCCCACAAGGAGGAGCUGGAGAGGGAGGUGGAGAUGGCCAGGAGGAUGGGGGGCGGAGCCGACCCACAAACCUUGCGUGGCCAACAGCAGGCAGAGCAUCAGGCCCUCCAGAGGGAGCUGGCCGCUCUGUCAGAGCGCUACUCUCACAAGUGUCUGGCGCUGAACCGCGCCCAGCAGAGCAGCGCGGAGAUCGAGCGACAAACCAGCCUGAAGGAGAGAGACAUGGAGCAGCUGAGGAAGGAGAACCAGGACCUCCAGACGCGCCUGGCCCAGGAGAUGACCAGCAUGCUCUCCUUCGCCGCGGGACCUGGAUCGGAGCGCAUCACCACCAGCAACCACCACCAGGACAGGACUUCCACUGAACAGGAGGUCCUCCUCAGGGUGAAGGAGAACGAGGUCCAGUACCUGCAUAAGGAGAUCAGCUGCCUCAGAAAGGAGCUCCAGUUCCUGACCUCGGAGAAGGGCGUGGCCUGCGAGCGCUCCGAAGAGCUCCAGGGGGAGCUGAGCAGCCUGAAGAGCCGGAGCGAGCGUGAGCUCCAGGGUGUGAGGGAGCACCUGAGGCUGGCCAUGGCUGCCCUACACGAGGGCCAGAUCCUGGGGAACAGCCUGGAGCACUGAGACCCCCCACCACCAGCCCUGGAGAGAGUUCCACGGGCACAGAGAUGGCGGCUGGGAGCAGAGGAGGAGGAGGAGGAGGAAGGCCUGGAGGCAGACUGGCUGAGAGGGACUGCGAUAAUGCCUUAACUGUAAACCAUGCAGCCAAUAAGAAGCUUAGACUAGGAAUCAUCUGAUCGACAAUCGGUCAUAUUACACUGGGUCGCGCAUUAUAAGUAUCUGCACUUUUGUCUUUUUUUUUUUUUCUACUUCCGUUUUGUGAGUGUGCGAGAGGGUGUGAUUGAGUGAACAUUUUGGUCUAAGAAACUGGAAUAUUUGAGGACAGACAUUCUUCCCGGUGGUUGAUAAACGAGAGAGAACACGACAUGCGACAGUACAGCACAGCGUUUUACGUACCCACAAAUUGACAGUCUCUCCGCUGGAAAAAUGGUCCGACCCCGAGCCCUACAUCCGCUGCAGCGCAACGUCCGGAUUGGUCGAUAGAUGACACUGCAUAGGUUAUACAUGGUCUUCCCUCAUGUCUCAAGUGAGAGGAAGCAGGUCUUGGGGCAUAGUAGGUUCCUCAGCUUGCUGGUGAAGACUGCAGGAUCUAAUCACGGAGUUAGCAUUUAGAUGGAAUACAGCAUUUCUUCAACAGAACUACUAGCAUGUCAUCGCCUGGCUUUGUACCUACUUGUAUCAUGUUUAGAAUGUUUGUUUCUCUCUUUUCUCCACCAUAAAUGGGAGCUUAAAUUGAUUGAUGUUAUCACGGUUUUAUUUUGAAAUGAAUGUUUUUUGUUGCUUUUAGUCAUUCCUCUUGGACUUUUGGAGAAUUAACUGUUUCCAUUGGGAUUCAUACAGGGAAAAACAGCCAAUUCCUGGAAAGCCAAUUAAUACUAAAUACAGUACUGAAUUUCAUGUACCUGC